AUGGAUGUUAAUGAAGGAAACAACUCCCGAGUUUUCUCAAGUGAUAUAAAUCUGGUUGAUAAUAAACGUUGCAUUGAAGAUGACGAUGACGCUGAAAAGGAGUGUUUAAGUCCUUAUUCACAUGGAACUUGUCAAGCUGCAAAUGUCACAAAUGUUGUCGAAAGAUACAUCGAUGUAAACUCGUUUGAAUUACCCGUGGAUAAUUUUUCAAAGGAAAAGAAACGAAAGAAAGAAAGAAAAGUUGGCAACCUAACUUUGUUAACUGAACUUGACUGGUCAGCGGUGAUAGAAGCGUCAAGAUGUCCCAUUUCUAAGAGUAGUUUUAAAGAAUGCGACGAUUCACCAAGAGUGUCUGUGGUAUUUUUCAUCAUCAAAAACUGUCGUUAUUGCAAAAUUAUACUCCCGCAAAUGGAAAAACUCUCGGAAAUUAUUCAGCAAUAUGCUAAAACUAAAGUUUAUCUGGUCAACUGCUCAAUAAGCUCAUCAUUAUGCGAGCAACAAGAUGUCCAUGGAUAUCCUUCAGCGAAACUCUAUCGUGGUACCCCGUGUUUGCAUCUUUCACGUUGCAUCACAGAUAACGUUCAAACUCCACACACCGUAUUGGAUUAUCAUAGGUCUUUUGAGCCGAUGGAGCAAAUUUUGGAGUGGCUGAAUAAAAAUUCUCUCCCAAGUGUCAAUAAAGAUUAUUUACUACGUCAUAUCGAAUCGCAGCAAUUUGUAAGAAUUCACGAUGUUAUAUUGGUGGGAACGGUCAUUACUCGCCAUCACGCCCUGCUUUACUUACCUGCUGAAUUCUACGACAAAUGGUACUCGUUCCAGUGUUUUCAAACCACUUGUGAAAUGCUGUUUGGUAAAGCCACUUGUUACGUCACGAUGACGAAAGACUUCGGAGUCACCGAAGAUAUGAGACACAUUGACGAUAAGAACUUGUUUUUAAUUAAGUUGGAGCUAUUUCGAAGUGAUGACGUUCAUGCAAAACUCUUCGAGCUUGGGGUCCCUGUUGCAAACACGAUACACAAUGAACAGGACACGAACUUGCACAAAUUCCACAAUUCUCACAGCUAUUUGCUCGAUAAAAGAUUUCGAUGUGAAAAUAAUCAUUCGCGAUGUUCGGAAUACAUCGUUAAGUUUGUUCGAGACCAUUCGCGAUCGCCCUUAAUACACCUAUCGCAUGACGGAUUUCACAUUAUCGACAGGAUAUCGAGAAAUGACGCCCAUUCGAAAGAUUUUUCAAUCGUGAUAGUUUUAGCUCAUAACAAAAAUAUCACGGAGAAAAGCCAUUUUUUGCAGGAAAUCUAUAAAGCUGCGUAUGAGCUAUAUCGUCACGUGAUGUUUGCGUCACUCGAUGUUGACGAAUACCCUUGGUGGGCAAAGCAGUUUGUUCCUCGGAACUAUGAUAUAAAGCAAGAGUUGUUAGAUGAUGAGCAAGUGUUACCAUUACAUCAUUACCCGCGUCUCUGUAUCGUAAAAGCAUCUGACCAUCAUCAAGCGGCCUUUUAUCCUAAUUUGGACAUUAUGGACAAUUCAAAAACCUUCAUGAAGUAUUGGCAAGUAUCAACGCGAAAGAUAUCGUUAGGUUUGUUCAACAGUACUUGGUAAAUCCUUCAGAUUUCCUUGUGGAAACAGAAGAGUUCUGAAAAAAUGAUGCAUCUUUUACUAGCAUUAGAAUUUAAAAACUAACUGUAAGUCUUAAACAAUAUGCCUCCCACCCUGAAUUUAACAUCCACACACACAGAGACCAUUCAUUAUCUUUGUUCUUGUGCCUUAUGCCAGAUAUAAGUUACAACACCCCUGCCCCAGUGAUUCCAAAAUGUGAAGUAUUUGUGAAGCAUAGCUUACAUUGUUGCCUUGAAGCAUUUCUAAAUAGCCACCUGAAUGUUUGUGAUGUUAGCAUCAUGUGUAGUGUUAUUGAGCUGAGAAGCAAAGACUUUUACUUGGGCAUUUACGGUUGAUAAUGAAAACCCACCCUCCAUCAUUAUGAAGCUUUUCUUAAUGAAGAGAUAAGGACAGUAAUUUGAAGUCUUCAAUGAUUCAUGGAACUUAUUGGGUUGGCUCAGUGUAAAUCCAUCUUGCAUUGGCAAGUCUUAAUUAUUCCUAAUUUAUUUUCCAUUAAAAAUAACUUAUUUAUCACAA